GUCGCUAUUUAAGAGUGGCCUGGAAACAAAGCGAGAAAAGACCUUUCCUCUCCAAGCACCGGUCACCACCACACCGUCACUUCCCCUUCUCAGCCCAGUGGAAACCGCCGAAAUGUCGUCGUCCCCGGCGCCGUCGCCGCGGGAGCACGUGGAGAGGAUCCGACGCGACCGCUACUUCAUCGGGCGCGGCGAGCAGAACCCGCUGGCGGAGGACAUGAACCAGGCCGUCAACUACCUCAGCCAGGAGCUCUACUCCAAGGACGUCCACUUCCUCAUGGAGCUCGUGCAGAAUGCUGAAGAUAACGAAUACCCUUCUGGAGUGGCACCUUCAUUGGAGUUUCUAAUUACAUCGAAGGACAUUACCAGAUCGGGUGCUUUAUCAACUUUGCUCAUCUUUAACAAUGAGAGGGGAUUCUCAUCAACCAAUAUAGAUUCCAUCUGUCGUGUUGGGAAAUCAACAAAGAAGGGAAACAGGCAUCAGGGUUACAUUGGAGAGAAAGGCAUUGGGUUCAAGAGUGUUUUCUUGAUAUCAAGUGAGCCGCAUAUAUUCAGUAACGGCUAUCAGAUCAAGUUCAAUGAGAAACCAUGUGCUGAAUGCAACAUUGGAUACAUUGUCCCUGAAUGGGUGGAAUCCACACCUAGCCUUUCAGACAUCGAAGCCAUAUAUGGACGCUCCAAAAUCCUACCUACAACCACCAUCAUCUUACCCUUAAAGUGUGAGAAAGUUGAUGCGGUGAAGAAGCAACUGUCAAGCAUGCAUCCUGAAAUGCUACUCUUCCUGUCAAAGAUCAGGAAGCUUUCUGUCCGAGAGGAUAACUCUGAUCCAAAGAGUAGCACUGUUAGUGAGAUCUCAAUUUCCAGUGAAAGGAAUUACCAAGCCAGGAAGAAUAUGCAUGCAGAGUCUUAUACACUCCACUUGUCAGCUGAAGAGAGUGGUAAAGCAGAAGAAGAAUGCGGUUACUAUAUGUGGAGGCAGAAAUUUCCAGUCAAGACAGAGAACAGAAUUGACAAACGUGCUGAAAUCGAUGAAUGGGUGAUAACCCUAGCCUUCCCACAUGGCCAGCGACUGUCCCGUGGGAAGCAGCUAUCACCUGGAGUCUAUGCUUUUCUCCCUACCGAGAUGGUAACAAACUUCCCCUUCAUCAUCCAGGCAGACUUCCUCCUUGCCUCAUCAAGGGAGUCAAUACUGUUCGACAGUCCAUGGAACAAAGGAAUCCUAGAGUGUGUCCCAUGUGCUUUCAUGAAUGCUUUUGUAACACUUGUGAAGUCAGGAGCUGACACACCAGCAAUGUCUUUGCCAUCUAUGUUCAACUUCCUACCUGUCAAUUCCUCACUAAUCCCACUACUUGAGCCUGUUAGGUCUGGCAUCAAGAAUAAGGUUCUUGCUGAGGAUAUAGUUCCUUGUGAGUCUUAUGCUUCACAAAAGAUAUUCUGCAAGCCCAGUGAAGUUGCACGGCUGAAGCCAGCCUUUUGGACUAUCCUUGGCAAAGCACGGGAAUGUGGAAUGGACUUGAGGAAUCUGUCAACUCAUGGAACCUACAUUCUUAGUUCUCAUUUUGACAAGAGUACACACAACAGUGUGCUUGAAUUUCUGGGUGUCAAAAGUGUGAACACUGAAUGGUAUGCAAAAUGCAUUGAAGGGUCUAAUCUUGUCAAGGAGGAACAUGAACAGCUUUACCUGGAAAUUAUAUAUUUUGUUGCCAAUAAUUGGGAAAACUGUUUCUAUGGUACAAACAUGAUGUCAAUUCCCCUACUGAGAUAUGUUGAUAGGAAUGGUGUUCUCUUGUUUUGGAGCAUAUCAAGAGCUACUCAGUGCAAGGAUAGGUUGUGCAUUGCAUCUGACAAGACAUACAGAUCAUGGUUAAUCAGCUGGAACAAGGAGUUUCCAUCUGCUAAUCGGUUCUUUCUCCAUCCCAGCACACAGAUUGCUCUGGAAGGUUUCUCACAGAAGACGAUAGUCGAAAACUGGCUUCAGAACCAUGCAAGAGUCGAGGUUAUCUCUGUCUACAGUUAUGGAUUGACUGUUGUUGAUUCUUUGGAUAAUGAUCGGAGACCUCUUGUUGCUUUCGCACACUUUCUGUACCACUCAUUGAAGAUGAAACACAUAGAGAGCUACCGCUUAUCAGAACUAUGUCGUGUCAUGCCGGUAAUUGACAGCUAUGGCAAUGUUGUCAAGGAAAGAAAUGGCAUUAUAGUUCCCGCCACGGGGAGCAAAUGGGUUUGUUUGCUGGGUACAAACCCAUGGAGGAAUGAUGGUUAUGUUGAAUUGUCAGCAGAUUACAAGUCAGCAGGCCAUUUUGCUGGGAACUACACAUCUGAGGGUCAGCUAUUGGAAUUCCUCAAGACACAUCUGCAUGCCUCAGAUGUCCCAUUCAUAAACCCACCAAAUGCCAGCUUCCCUACUGUAUCAUCGCCUCUCACAGUGGACAAUGCAUUCUUGCUACUGGAAUGGAUACGGAAUAUCAAGUCAAAUGUUGUAAGAUUACCAGAUCGGUUCCUGGCUUGUGUAAAACAAGGGAGUUGGCUAAAAACGUCAGUAGGGUACAAGCCACCAAAUGAAUCAUUUCUAUCUAGUGCUAACUGGGGAAGCCUUUUGCAAAGUGCAUCUUCCUUUGUUGAUAUACCAAUGAUUGACCAACAAUUCUAUCGAAACAAGCUCCAUAUGUACAAACAUGAACUCAAGGCGAUUGGUGGGAGAUUUGAAUUUCAGGAGGCAUCAGCUUACAUUGGAAGCCGCCUCAUGUCUAUGGCUGCAAUAAAUGAAUUGACCAGAGAGAAUGUGUACUCGCUGCUUCGGCUCAUUCGGUUCUUACGAGAGAAGAUUCUAUCUCCAAGUGAACUGAUCGACAGUGUUAAAGGUGGAUGUUGGAUGAAGAGCACUCUUGGCUACAAGCGUCCUUCUGAUUGUAUCAUCUGUGACUCAGAUUGGAAUGUGGCAUCAUGUAUUAGUAACCAACCAUUCCUUGAUGUCCAGUUCUAUGGCGAGGCAAUUCAUGACUACAAACCAGAGCUGGAGUUGCUUGGUGUUAUUGUUGGGUUCAAACAAAAUUACCAGCUUGUUGUUGAUAACUUCAAGUUCAAUUCUGCUUCUAUUACCCUUGAGGCUACUGUAUUAAUCCUUAAAUGCAUCCGCUAUGUCGGUUCAUGUGAAGAUUUCAUAAGGAAGCUCAAAGAUCUGAAAUGGGUGAAGACUAAUGUGGGAUUUCGUGCUCCCAAUGUGUCUUUUCUUGUGGAUCCUGAAUGGGAGUGCUUUGUGAAGAUUUUCAAAGAAGUUCCUAUAAUUGAUUUAGGAUUUUAUGGGAGUAUCAUCAACUCAUACCAAGAUGAGUUGAAGAAAACUGGUCUGAUAAUGCAAUUUGAGGAGGCAUCAAAGGUAGUCGCUCAGGUUUUCAAGAAAAUGGUAUCGACGUCAUCACUUACAAAGGCUAAUGCCCUUGCUCUACUAAAAUCUUAUCGGCAGCUAAGAACACACAGCCCACUUCCCGUUGAGCUUUUCAACUGCAUGCACAGAGAGAAGUGGCUACACACAUCACUAGGGUUCAAAUCUCCCUCAGAUGCAAUCCUAUUUGAUAAUGCAUGGCAAUGUUUAUCUCAUGUGGCAUUAUUACCAUUUAUUGAUGAUGGUGACUCUUGUCAUGGUUUGGGAAAUGAUAUUUAUGGUUAUAAAGAUGUGCUUAGGGAGUUCGGUGUUACUGUUGAAGUGAAAUUUGGUGCCAGAUUUGUCAUUGCUGGCCUCAGCAUUCCUGAUGAUCCAUCCAUCAUCUCCAAAGCUACCAUCUUUUCAUUGCUUGAGUGCAUCAAGAACUACUUUGCGUCUGCAACUGCACCUCCUAAGGACUUCCAGGACAAGAUUUGCAAGGAGUGGUUGAAGACAUCCAUGGGCUACAAAUGUCCUGAUGAAUGUAUCCUAUUUGAUGCGAGACAGUCUUCUCUGUGCAUGGAAGAUGGCCCUUUCAUCGAUGAAGCAUUCUAUGGUUUGGAGAUAGCCUCAUUCAAAGAUGCCCUUGCGAAGAUUGGAGUGAUCAUUGAUGUUAAUUGUGGACAAGAUCUUAUUGCUCGGCAUCUGAGAAGCCACAAGGAUAGAACUACUAUUUCCCGGAUCUACAUGUACCUGAUGGAGCAUAAUUGGAAGCCUGAUGACAACACCAGCGAUUGGAUUUGGAUACCAGAUGAAACCGAGGGCGGAGAAUGGGUGAGCUCAAGAAGCUGUGUUCUUUUUGAUAAGAAUAACCUUUUUAACCUGCAGCUACAUAUUCUGGACAAAUAUUAUGACAGGAAGUUGCUUAACUUCUUUUCAAUUACUUUCGGUGUGAGGCAUGGACCUUGUUCUGAAGACUAUUGCAAAUUAUGGGCCACAUGGGAGAACUCAGUCCACAUGCUCGCUAUAUCUGAUUGCUUCGCUUUCUGGAAGUUCAUUGCAGCUAACUGGACCAAAAAAACAGAGGAACUUCUAUCUGGUUGUGUCAAGGUUCCAGUAUGUACCGAUGGCAAGAUUAUUUUACGAAACAAGGAGAAUGUGUUCGUUCCUGAUGAUCUACUGCUUGCAGAUUUGUUCAACAAGCUUCCUCGUCAAUCGCUUUUCAUCUGGUAUCCUUCUUCCACCCUACCAUCCAUGUCUCGAGCAAGACUUAACAGGAUCUAUAAUAGCAUUGGUGUUCAGAGAAUAUCCAAAGCAGUCACGAAGAAUGAUUCUUUGACCUUAGAUAAUGGCCAUUUCAGAACAGUUGAUUCGAGCAAGAGGAUUAAGGUUGGCUUGCUCCAGAUUAUUAUGGCGUACCUUGCUGAUACUGCUCUUGACAUUCCUUCUGAAGAGAGGCAGGGGAUGGUUUCUUGCCUUCUGAAUGUGACUGUCCAAGAGACUGAUGAACCUAUCACAGUGGGCUAUAGUGUAAGCUUGUCAUCUGGAGAGGUUGUGGAUGUGAAGGCCUGCCGAAUGAUUCGGUGGGAAAGGGAGAAUUCCAAGCUGUACAUGCAGAGCAGCAAUGGCAAAUCCAGCUACGAAGAAAAGAUUAAGUUCGCAACCAACUUUGCAGACGAGAUAUCUAAAGGACUGCUCUUUGAGAUGGCGGAUCAGAUCCCUUCGCUCGCUGAACUCAUAAAAUUUGGAAGCUUACUGGACUUCCAGGAUGGUGCUGUUGGGUUCUUGCUAAGGUCCAAGAAUCUGCAGCUGUUCCCUGAAGAUGAGGAUUUUCUAUUUUCAAGAAAAAAGAUGAGGAUUUUCUGAAGUCUUCAAUGCCAGGUGGCAGCAAGAACCAGUAGUAGUGUUCUGCAGAAUAUGCUCUUUUGGACAUGGUUGUGGUAGUGUUCUGCAGAAUAUGCUCUUUUGGACAUGGUUGUGGUUCCUGAUGGUUUAUAAAAUAUCUGGUGUUGCAUCUGGAGGUUCAUGAAUGUGACUGCCUUGCUGUCUUCUGUUAGACUUAAUAUUAAGUCUUAAUGCUAAACUAUUAUCGCUAGUCUAAUCAUGGAUUUUGAACCACUUCGAACAAAACUUGUCAGUUGUUUCGCUGCAUAUUUUUAUGUAUGUAUGAUAUCACACUCACUCGAGUGUGGUGCUACUAAAGUACUAUAUUAUCGUCAGUGCAUGGUGCUACUAAAGUACUCUGAGUUUAGCUUUUGAGGAAAUUUGUUGUGGUGGCCAGUUAAUUGCAUGGGCUUAGCUUGUACAGGUGGCCAAAUAAGGAUGCUUCAGUCAGUCUUUCUGAUAGGCGUAUACGUCAGAACUCAGUUGCAGUCAUGCUGAUGAAACUGGGUGCUUCGGUCAGUCUUUGUGAUAAGCGUUUACGUCUGAAUUCAGCUGCAGUUUUGCUGA